AUGAUGUUUGCAAUUGCUGCCGCUGCCACUCUACUCUUCUCGACUAUUAGCGUCAUAUUACCCUUGGCUUGCCCAACACCGAGCUCAUUAAUAACUUUUGAUGAUAUAAUACAUUCAACGGGGAUAUCAGGAAUUCCAGUACCGAACGGUUAUAGUCGUUUAAAUUGGCAAAAUGUUCUGGUUGUGAAUGGUGUUAACUAUAGUACUCCCAAUACUGGCUAUAAAACGGGUGUUGUUAGUCCUCCAUAUCUUGUCUUUAAUGGAUAUGGUAACCCAAUGGCUAUCACAAAUGCGGCUACAAGUGCAUUUACAAUAAAAUCAUUUUAUUCAUGCGCAGCCUGGUAUAAUAAUACCAUAUUGGCAAUGAUCGGUACAAGAUCAGGCACCGUUUUGUAUACAAAAACAGUAGAACUAUUUACACAAAAGAGAACCUUUGUUGAACUCAACUGGCCUGGCAUCGAUAGCAUAAGUUUCAACUCGAGUUGUGGUUCGUGUGAUGCGAGCCAUGUAACAAUGGAUAAUUUAUGUGUCACAUUCUAA